CCUGGAGGGGAACUCAGCCAGUGGGGACAAAGAGAUGUUGACUUCUGUUUUGUAGACGAAAUUCAAGGGUGAGCUGCUUCAAGGAGUGAGCGAGAAACAAGCCCCACAAGAACAUUCCUUACAGUUAUACCAUUUUAAGACCAAGUCCCUCAGUCCCCUCAGAGGCAUGGCAGGAAAGAUGUUCCCUGAAAUAUUAAUAGGUGACUCUGAGGACACUUUCAAGAAACCACCAACUGGAAAAAACAUCUUUCGUACCAGAAGGGAUGUGAGGUUGAUAAGCCCAUUAAGUGCAGAUGAAGAAUCCCAUCAGAGUAACAGUCUAGCAGACUCUGUGGAGAGAAGAGAGCUGCAUGAGAUGGGUGAGGAAGAAGAGGAGGAGGAAGGGGAACCACACCAAGUUGUCCCAGGCAACAUCACUGCAGAUGGAUGUUCAGGGCUGGCAGUGAAGGAGAUUUCUGGUGAUGGUGCACACCAGGAGCUUUGGACGCCAUUCACGAGCAAUACAGAGGAACAGCUGGAGUCCCGAAUGAGUGAGCUGGGCUCGAUCUCACACAGUUUCAAGAUAGAGGGUAAAACCACCCCUCCGUUCUCCAGGCCAGAACACCCUGAGAACAGCUCUGGGGACUCGGAGAGCUACUGCCUCUUAGAUGAGGAUUCCAUCCUGAGCGACUCCGCUGUCUCCACCGGCUACUUCCCCUGCUACAGAACGUAUGGCGAGCUCCCACGCUACCAGCCGUCCCACAGUGCCAGUUCUCAACCAGGCAACGCAGAAGGGCGGGCAGGAAGCAGCUGUGAUGCCAGCGUCCAAUGCAGCGGGUGCUCCGAGGAGGACCCGAAGGUCUCAGAUACAAGAGCCAGUGACACCACUCAGAGCUCCAAGGAUCGAGGUGAAACAUUGACCUGUGAGACCGUACCCAGCAAUCCCAACGCACCAAGCGGGGGACCACUGGCUGAAGGCAACAGACACAGACCAUCUGGGAAGGAAUUUGAAGGUCAAAAGGACAGAGAUUCUAGUCAGCAGCAUCUAGCAUUGGAGACACAAAGGGGAUUUGGUCCAGAGGUGAGUGAAAACCUGAAGGAGCCUGAAGACACCCUCACAAAGGAGGCUGCCUCUGAGUUACUCGUGCCGGGGGGCACACCCUCAUUGUCUCUGGGGAAAGACUCGGGACAGCUGCCAGGGACAGAGCCUCAGAGCAGCCUGUUGCCCAGCAAAGGCAAAGUGCCCACAUCAUUACACUCUGCAGCCACCACCAAAAAAUUGUCCCCAAAGAAACAGCAAAAGCAAUGCAGGAAGGAGGAGGAGGAGGAGGUCCGCCGUGCAAAGCUCGCCCCACUGCUGGGCCCAGGGGAUGCAGUGCCCGGGCGGAAAAGAGGCUCUCGGUUUCCAUGUGGGCACAGCCCAGAGACGGGGCACUGUGAGAUUGAAGCAUCAGGAAGUGGACAGGAAGGAGGGCACGGGAAGCUCUCACCACGCUCUUGUCCCACAACCUCUGGCAACUGCACCGGUGAAGAGCCACGAUCCACCCCCUCCCAGCUCAGCCUGCGCUCCUUGGGAAACUGGGUACGAAAGAUCUUCAGGAGGUCAUCUACGGUGAAGCCACAGGCCGCCAGCAGCUGGGGGACAGAGGAGGCCAGGGGACAAGUGGGCAGUAGGCUGAGAUGGUGGAUCUCCCGCAGGCGGAACCGCAUUCACCCCCAUUAAAGCACCUCACCUCCGCCUUCCUUGGCCUCUGUGAACUUCAGGAAGAUGAACGGGUACCGCCACACACCCAAGGCUGGGUAUUUUUC